CAUUUCAUUCAUUCUUCAAUACACCUCUUUCUUACAUUCACUCUUUUGAGACUUUUUUAUUCUCACAACAUUCUCCAAACUUCACCGAGAUCCAAACUUUCCCAUCAGCCAUCAUGCAGCCUACUCAGAUCCUCUCCAUUCUUGCCUUUGCGCCAUUCUUGGCCCUCGCCAACCCAGUUCAAAUCGACAGGAGCCACGAGCUUGUCCGCCGCGGCGGUAUCGACUUCUGCGGCUCCGUUCGACAGGCUCUCAACGGUGCCUGCACUGAGGAUAGCGGUGAUCUCGGAGCACAUGCCUGCGAUAAGGACAAUGACCGCCGUGUUUUGGUAUGCAAUGCUGUGGGGAACGGGAGGAAGUGGCAGGUCGAGCGCACUUGCUCGGAGAAAUGCAGGUGCGACAAGGGCACACCACUCAGGGGCAACCUUGUAUGCAAAUAGA